AUGUACACUCCCGGCUACGGCUUCUCCAAUGUCCCUCCGAACUUCAACACCGGCGCCCCACCUUCAAACCAGAACCCUCACAUGCAGCCAGGCUCAGUCCCAAACCAACCCGGGCAACAGAUGAUGUACAACCCAAACCAAUUCGCUGGCAUGCCCGGUGGCCAGUCCGGCUUCGUCGGCGGACCCAAUCCCGCCAUGAUGUCGGGUGCUGGUCCUGCAGGCAUGAUGCAGAACGCCGGCAUGCCGCACAUGGCCGCCAAUGGCCAAACAUGUGUCUUCCCGUAG